UCUUACAUCCUGGUUUUUUCAAUAAAGCUGAGGCCAUAUCUGUGAGCCAGUAUGGGGGACUGGAAUUUGUUGGGGAAGCUGCUGGAGAGCGCCCAGGAACACUCCACCGUUGUGGGCAAAGUCUGGCUGACGGUGCUCUUCAUCUUCCGCAUCCUGGUGCUGGGAACCGCUGCUGAAAAGGUGUGGGGCGAUGAGCUGUCCGGCUUCACCUGUGACACCAAGCAGCCUGGUUGUCAGAACGUCUGCUACGACAAGACCUUCCCCAUUUCUCACAUCCGCUUCUGGGUGAUGCAAAUAAUCUUUGUCUCAACGCCGACUCUCAUUUAUCUGGGCCACAUCCUUCAUCUGGUCCGCAUGGAGGAAAAGGAAAAGCAUAAAGAGAAGGAACUCGCCAUCCAAAAUGAAAAGCAGCAGCAAAUGCUUCAGGGCAAGACAAAGAAGGCUCCAGUUAAAGACAACCAGGGUCAUGUGCGUUUGCAAGGCGCUUUGCUGCGAACCUACGUCUUCAACAUUGUUUUCAAGACCCUGUUUGAAGUGGCCUUUAUUGUUGCUCAGUACUUCCUGUAUGGCUUUGAGCUCAAGCCGAUGUACACCUGCGACCGCUGGCCUUGCCCCAACGUGGUGAACUGCUACAUCUCCCGACCCACCGAGAAGACGGUCUUCAUCCUCUUCAUGCUGGGGGUGGCCUGUAUCUCCCUGCUGCUCAACCUGGUGGAAAUGUAUCACCUUGGUUUCACAAAGUGCCACCAGGGGCUCCGCUACAGACGAUCGCAGGCCGCAAGCGAGGCCUCCAGGCACCUCACUGAGCCGGUCAUGCCCUUCGUACCAAGCUACAACUACUUUGCCGGUCAUCCUGUGGUGCCCGAGCCCUUCCCCACAGACUCAAAGUACGGCAUAGCGGAGCCAAACUCUGCUUACAGCCCCUACAACAGCAAAGUGGUUUACAAGCAGAACAGAGACAAUAUGGCUGUGGAGAGGAAAGGAAAAGAGGGGGAGGAUGUGAAGGAGAGGAAAACCUCCACUCCUGCCAUUGAGAUGCCCGUUGAAAACCAGCGCAGAAACAGUCAGUCAAGCAAGCACAGCAACAACAAGAGCAGGCUGAAUGACCUGAAGAUCUAGAGGAGCCUCUGUGUUUCUGACCAAAACUCAGGAAGAACACGCCUUAGCCUGUAAAAUAUUUGCAUGAGUAUGGAGCACUGUUCGUGACAAAGCUACGGAGUGAACAGAAAGCAGAUUAUAGCCAUGAUCGAUUUCCAAGUCAAGAUUUGAGAGCACACAGGGACAGCUUUGUGUGCAUAGAACAAGUAUUGAGUGCGUUUUCCAGAACUCCUCAGCUCACAGGACUUUUUAAUGUGAAAGGUUAAUUACCCAUAGGCGAAAAUAAAGGAAAUAUCCAUAGAUGAAUUCUUGUGGUCUUCUUUUUUUCAUGGGUAAAUUUAAGCGAGCGAUUGGUAUUCUGUUUCUAAGAAGGCAGGGGUUGAAAGGGUGAUGCCUUAAUACAUUUUACCUUUCUCUCACCGUCAGUUUGUGGGAGAUGCUAACGACAUCAACUUUUGGCAUCAUACGCUCAAAACAAUAGUGUGUAUUCACUAAUUAUGCUUUUGCAUUCUCUACAACGUUGACUUGCAAAUUGACUAACACUCACAUUUGUUUUGCACAAGUUCAGUAUUUUUGACCAUAAUUAUUUUCAUAUUUUCGGGGGUCUAAAGUGCAGAUUACAUGAGAUGUUUUGGUUUACAAACAAAUUUAUUUAAAAUUGAUUCUAAAACUGUGAGUUGCAUGUCAAAACAAAAACUGUUGAAAUAUCUAAGAUUGGAUUUUUGGAUUGUGACUUAAACAAACAUUCAAUGAUCAAUGAUGCUUACUUAUUUGUGAAUGUAUUUCAAUAAAAAAUUGAGCAGCAAA